UGGCCGAUGCUAGCAACGACAACCGAAGACGGAACCUUUGCAAGUGAGUGUCUCCUUCAAUCCCUCUUGUACGUGAUUAACAGCGUUGGUCUAAGGCUGUUUCUUGUAGCUGCUGUGUACUUUCUGCACGUCCGUACUUUUACUCUUCUUCAUACUUAUCUGCUGAAUUUCCUUCGAUAGCGAGGGAUGUACGAUGAGUUCGUCUCAGUUUACAUCAUAUUACGAAGGGAUGGAGUGCAUGAAUACUGGUACUUCUGGAAAUUCGUGGAAAGGCCAGUAUUGAGUCUACUCGCCAUUGGAUGGUGGAGCCACAUCGCAGACGUGUGGGGGAGGAGACCGGUAAUGCUUAUUUCUAUGACCGGAACGACGUUAUCCUACCUUGUCUUCGUCCUACUCCAACAAGUAGGACUCCUGCAGAGGGAGGAUGGCGCUUGUGUAGGAAUCGUUCAAGCUCUGGACUGUCUAUUUGGGGGUAGCAUCGCCUUCAAUGGCUUACUUCACACUUGUAUCGGCGACUGCACCUCGCCCGGUUCAAGGUUCAAGUUAUUCAGUGCUCUCAAGGGCCUGAGCAUCUUUUUUUAUGUCGGAGGCACAGAGCUUGUCAUGCUCCUGCUGGAUAUUGCAAGCCAGAAAUAUCUUGACCUGUCGAUGGUCAUAUCCAGCUUUGUCGCCGUGCUAAACAUCGUUCUGAUCAUUUGGCUCCUGCCCGAAACACUGCGGAACCCAGACUACAACUUACCUGUCUUCAAGGCUGUGAUUUCUCCCGUGAUGGUAUCCUUACAGCGACCAUGGUUGGCUCUAGCCCUCUUCGUGUAUGCUCUGACCCCGAGCUUCGAAAUCGUCAAAAUAUGGUUCGGGAUAAUAUGUUCAGAAGGUCCUUUCUUCGUCCAGUGGUACUUGAUAUUCCCACUCCUUGCCUCGGCCUUUGCACUGCUCCUUCUUUAUCCCGCCAUUGCAAUCCUAUAUCAACGAAAAGCGCGACCUCUUCGAUCCGUUCUCAAGUUCACCAGGCACCUAGCUUACACCUGUCUCUCCAUCGACGUCUUCUCCACUGUCACAGUCCUUUGUAUCGCAGCUUCAAAUAGAAUCGCCCACCUCGUUUUCGCCGCUCUCUCGCCUUUCACAGUUGCUAUCGCUCCCGCUAUCUAUUCAUUUGUGCCUGCUCACAGUGCAGUUCUCUUCGGCUCUUUCUCCGUCAUCGAGGCGCUGGGCGGCAUGUUCUCGAAUAUGUUCAUCCAAAGAUUUUGGAGCUGGGGUAACACCGACAUCGCUCAAUAUAGACUUCUCUAUGGCGCCUUGGCGAUCUGCCUUAUUUUGACAGGCCUGCUGCUUUUUGUUGAUUCUACAGGUGGUAGCGUCGAUGAAGAAGACAGCUCUACAGUACUGUCUACCCAUGAUGACGAAGAAAGCCUGACUGUCCAUAGUUGAGUCCAUAAUGUAGAUGUAAAUGUAAAUGUAUCCAUCUAUGUGAUUUUGAUAUCUGCUAUUCGAACAUGCACUGUUAGCUAAUGAAUUGAGGCAUUGCGUACGUACAAGGAUAAAUCAUGGCGCGUGGAGGGUAUCAAAAAAUGAAGUGCUUGACACGAGGGUAUGUAUGUUCAAUGUGACUGUCUGGAUGUAUCAACGUCCAUCAGGACUUGA